CCAAAAUGGCGGACGAAGAGAAACAGUUCACCUUCCAGUUUGUUCCAAACAAAACUUUCCCAGGUUUUGAGUCUUCAGAUGUUAAAGAACUCUUUUCGAAAUGGGGAAUGAUAACGAGAACUAAGGUUCAAAUGUUCUCAUAUGAUCAGUUAUUCCAAGCUUACCAGAAAGAUAAAUUUGUGAUGGACUUUUUUCAAGAUCCUGCUGUUUUAUCAAGUCUACAGGUUGCUUCUUCCUCCAAUUCAUGGGGUCCUCUUGGUAUCAGACCGUCAUCUGUCACAGCAGAAAUUGUCUCUUGUGCAGUCACAUCUAUGGAUUUUUUUGACAGGCUACAAGAACAAGGUAUUGUGAGAGAAUCAGGGAACAUUAAAAAGUGUUUUGAUGAUUACUUCGAAGACUACGUUAUUUCUGAUGAGCUUAGAAAAGUCUUACUUCUUGAAGAAGCUGAAACAUAUGCAUUAUUUAGCGAUGCUGAUAGAAAUGAAUUCAUUUUCCUGAUUUUCAAGCAUCUUUGUCUUGGAGGGCAAGUCUGUCAAUAUGAAGAUGACAUAAAUCCUUAUCUUGAAACGACCAAGAUAAUUUACAAAGAUCUUUUAAGUGUCUUCAAAGACCCAACCACAAAAAAGCUACAAGUAGGAUCAGUUGUGCUCAAAGUUUCCGCACAGGACGAAGACGGUUCGCAAUUAUAUCCUUCACUUACGCCACACGAUCAGUCCUUUGCCUAUAUGUGCAUCAACCCGCUGAAGCGACACGUUUACAUCUGGUGUCACUCGUGGAGAUGAUGUCCACCUUGGUUGAAGCUACACGUUAACAUUUGGAGUUAAGCUCCUAACGCUUUGAAGACAACUGGAGACGAAUUAGUCAUCGUCGUGUGACCGUAAGGAUAGGCUAGGGACGCUCUAACGGCCUUGGUUCUCUUCACCGUCUAGAAUCGACUGCCCACGCACUCCGCCCUUGUUCUCGCGCCUUCGCUCUAACUAGACUCAAGGAAGCGCUUCAUUCGCUGUUGCUGGGCUUACACCAGACGGGGUUUCUACUGGUUUAAGAUAAGAGAGGUUGCGUUUGAUGUUCACACUUACCUGCGCCAACCGUACCAAAGCCGUUCAAAAACUAGAACUCCACUAGUGAGGCAGAAUUUUUGGGUGGCAAGGUCAAGAAUUCAAUUAAGAAUUUAACCAGCAAGGUGAUAAGACCAGGAUCGUCCACUUUGUUGCAUUAUAGAGAUGAAGUUGCAUGGACAUGCCAAUUUAUAAUUUGAUGAAGAGCGUUCUGCAUAUAAGAAGACAGUAGGGACAUUAAGCAAACCACGACGGCUACGGCAACGAGAACGUGGAAAAACAAUAGAUCUAAUUGACAGAACAAUCGCCCAGCG